AUGCCGGUUGCGCUCGUAGCAGAGACUCGAGACGUUGCGGCGGCAGUGGCGCACGCACACGUACCGUCUGUAGUGACACUCGACAAUGGACAAUGCUCGGUCAGGUCGUUUCUGCAGGCGCGUCCGAGUGGGGUGUACACGUGUGCACGAGCCAAGACACGGACGGUGGGGUUGGGCCCGUUGGAUCACCUGUCAAAAGUGAUCGUCGACUGGCCGUUUCACGUGCACCGCCUGAAGACCAGUCUCGAGCUGAAGUUGCACAACGCUAAGUACGACACGUCGAAGCUUUCGAGAUUCCAAAUGGCUACAGAACGACUCGUAACAGCUGUACUGAAGCAGUGGCAAGCCACUACUACUACUGAGACAAUGGACGGCAUGCUGUCGGUGCUAUGGUACCCACUUCCAGAGAGCACGAACAGUGGAUACGGACUGGCGGUCCACCUGUGCUCAAUGCCACAGGUUCAGUCGACAACGUCGACGCUGUUGGUGUAUGGCGAAGGGCGCGAGAACGCUCGAUGCAAACACUCCAAGUGGAUUGAUGACCGCGUGCCACUUGAGCGCCACAGAGCACACGUGGCCGAGAAACGACUUGGACCGAUCGAUGAAAUUUUGCUCCGCAGAGCAGGACGCGAUGGGGAUCAAUUGUUGCUGGAAGGGCUUGUGACCAACUUUUUUGUUGUGUGCGAGGAUCGCGUGUACACGGCCGACGAGGGUGUGUUGGAAGGCAGUGUGAGGAAGUUGGUGCUUGAUGCGUGCCGCGAGCUGUCCAUUCUAGUGGUUCUUGAGCCGCCGAAGCUAUCGGAGCGGACCUUGUGGCAGGCAGCGUUCAUUACAAGUGUUGUCCGUGUCGUGAUGAGCGUCACGCGUCUGGUGUGGGAAGAGGAGAUAAACGGCCAUGAAGUAAUGCAGGAGUGGUCGAUUCCGAGUGAUACUUGUGAUCUGGUGCAGCGGAUCCGAGAUCACGUUUCGAUGCACUGUAUGUGUCUCGAGUAG